AAAAAAUAAAUUUUAUAAAAAUGAUAGGGUAGAAUGUCUAAGGGUAAAUUGUGUUUACCAGUGCUUUUAAAAAGGUCCUCUUUCUCCCUCCAUACCACAGUCAUAUCCUUUACGUUUCCUUGUACCUGUCAUACCUCCAGGUUUCCCACAGAUUAUGUAUAGGGACAGUGGUAGUCUGUAUAACUUAAUUUCUCAGCCAGGUCAUUCCAGUGUUUAACAUGCAGUUAGGAUAUGAAAUUAGUAGUUAGUAUACAGGCUGGAUUGUCCAGGGGAAUAAUUUCCGAGGUCAGGUGAUUAAUUGUGGCUGUUGUUCCACAGAGAGGCAUUUCAGUGUUUCUGCUAGAGCCUGUGUUUUGUGAAGCUUCUGCUAGAGCCUGUGUUUUUGCCAGAUGCAGUUUGCUCAUCUUGAUGAAUGGUGUACUGUGGAGUUGGUCUUUUGCUGAGAGUAUGAGUGUUAACAUCUCUGAAAUACUGGUGACAACUUUCUUCCACCCCAGUGAGAAAGAACUUUUUUUUUCACUUUCUUUCUGUGAUCAGUUGAAAGAAGAUGGAUGCCCAGAGUUCAGCCAAAGUCAAUGCAAGGAAAAGAAGGAAAGAGGCAACCGGCCCCAAUGGGGCAACAGAGGAAGACGGAUUUCCUUCAAAAGUGGCACGCCGUGCAUUUGGCUUACGGGAGCCAGCUCCUUUUUCUGAUGAAAUUGAAGUUGACUUCAGUAAGCCCUAUGUCAGGGUAACUAUGGAAGAAGCCAGCAGAGGAACUCCUUACGAGCGGCCUGUGAGAGUUUAUGCAGAUGGAAUAUUUGACUUAUUUCACUCUGGUCAUGCCCGAGCUUUGAUGCAAGCAAAGAACCUUUUCCCGAAUACAUACCUCAUUGUGGGAGUCUGCAGUGAUGAGCUGACACACAACUUCAAAGGCUUCACAGUGAUGAAUGAAAAUGAGCGCUACGACGCAGUACAGCACUGCCGCUAUGUGGAUGAAGUGGUGAGGAAUGCCCCCUGGACCCUGACACCUGAGUUUCUGGCAGAACACCGGAUUGAUUUUGUAGCCCAUGAUGACAUCCCGUAUUCUUCUGCUGGGAGUGAUGAUGUUUAUAAACACAUCAAGGAAGCAGGCAUGUUUGCUCCAACACAGAGGACGGAAGGUAUCUCCACGUCAGACAUCAUCACCCGAAUUGUCCGGGACUAUGAUGUGUACGCGAGACGGAAUCUACAGAGGGGCUACACAGCUAAGGAGCUCAAUGUCAGCUUUAUCAACGAGAAGAAAUACCACUUGCAGGAGCGAGUUGACAAAGUAAAGAAGAAAGUGAAAGACGUGGAGGAAAAGUCAAAAGAGUUUGUUCAGAAGGUAGAGGAAAAAAGCAUUGACCUCAUUCAGAAAUGGGAAGAGAAAUCUCGAGAAUUCAUUGGAAGUUUCCUGGAAAUGUUCGGUCCAGAAGGAGCACUGAAACAUAUGCUGAAAGAGGGAAAAGGCCGGAUGCUGCAGGCCAUCAGUCCAAAGCAGAGUCCCAGCAGCAGCCCUACUCGUGAACGCUCUCCCUCCCCCUCUUUCCGAUGGCCGUUCUCUGGCAAGACUUCCCCAUCUUCCUCCCCGGCAAACCUCUCCAGGCACAAGGCUACAGCCUAUGAUAUCAGUGAGGAUGAAGAGGACUAAUUUUCCAUCCCUUCUCCCCUCUCUUCUCCCUCUGUCGCAUCACCUUCAGAAGCUGUCUGUUGAAUUCCAAAUUGUGAUCCCAACACUAAACCCAAGAAUAGCUACAGAGGAAAGAGUACUGGGGCAAGAGGACCUGGGAUGGGGGAACCAACAGCACGCGCUCCAAGAGGCGUCAGCCAUCCACACCAAGAAGGAGGCUGACUGCACCUUAGAAGCCUGUUCUGCAUCCAUCUACCCUCCCCAAGGACUUUGCUUUACUAUUUGUGUUCAUGUGAUCUUGACAGGGAAAUUGUCAUUUUUAUUAAUUUUGUAAAAAAUUAGUCUUUCAAAUGUAGUAAGUAGAACUAAUAUUUUGCCCCUGAGGAGGAGGCAGAAGAAGGAAGUAGUGUGAUGACCCAGAGGCUUUUCUUCCUGACACUGUAGCGUUUGCCUUCUGUUCUGAAGCAAACUGACUUGCCACGUCCUUCAAGCAGUGAGCCACGCUAAUGGGUGGUUUUGGGGGGGCAUGUCAUAAUUUUGAUUUCCUUAAAAAUGAAAAGCUGAAUGAUUGCAGUCAAAAAUGCCCUAAAUGUACUGCUGGCACAUGUGUCAGUGUGGCUGUGGGAAGAAGGCGACCUGAGUCUUAACUUUUCUUACUCCCUGAGGAGUUUCUUGUUGGACCCAAUGGGGUCCAUGAAGACACUGAUGGGGAUGGAUGCGACCACAUGGCAUCAACUGUGGUUUCCUGCUGUGUUCAUCUUCUCAGAAAACUCUGCUGCCCAGUUAUUCGGGAGCCCCUGUCCAUCUUUCCCAGAACUUUUAGGUUACCGUUAAUUGAGGACGGGAGUGGGACCAUACUUAAUCCUACAGAAAGUUGGUUUAGAUUAUUUUCCUGCUGGGAGUAAGUUCCUGGCCUUGCUACUCCCAUUUCAUUGCUGUUACCUAGCUUUUUACAAAGGAUACUUUGCAAAUGUCUGCAGUUUGCACAUGGUCUGUUAAUUUAUAUUGCUCAUAGCCAUAUGGAGAGAGGUUUGCACAGAACGAAGAGGCACACAUAUAAGGAAACUCUUCCUUUUCUGAAGCAACGGAGUUAUCUUGACCUCACCCCCUUUUGAGAAUGUUCUUGACCGGAACCAGUGCUCCAUAGAGGGUUUCUUCUCCUCUGCAGAGCGCGCUGCAGCUGGCAGGGACUCCCUCCACCACCCCUCCAACAGGCCACAAAGUAUGGGUUCAUGUUACGGAAGUAUGCUUGGUUCUCUCCCUCACAUUUGCUCCUGUGUGCCUGAUGGUUGUGGUCCCAUCUGCCCUGUUAGGUUGCCGAGAGGGACUCGCCACUUGAAUGCUGAUGCUUAGCACUGUGCUGUCGAGCAUGAGCUCAUUUUAACCCUCCAGCAUCCUAUCUCUUCAGCUGCCUGACCUUGCAGAUCACCAACAAUCAGUAAUCCUGUAGCUGGAUUCAGUAACCAUCAGUAAUCCUGUAGCUGGCUUUAGUAACUAUCAGUAAUCCUGUAGCUGGCUUCAGUAACCAUCAAUAAUCCUGUAGCUGGCUUCAGGGAAAAAUUGCUUAUGUCCAGGCCCCACCCCCCCAUCACUCAUAAAUGCCCCUUAUGGGGGUGGAGUUUUAGUGUUUUCAGCUAAGAAAACCACAUUUUAUCUUUUCUUGCCCCUCUGCUAGGGCUGUGAGCAUCCCUGUGAGUCUCCUCCCUGAACACUUUCUGGUAGAACCUGCUCAUCUGCCUGAGGCUCAACGGCUAGAAUGACUGCCUGCCUGCACAACAGAACUGCCUAGGUUCUUAAAGCUCCCAUCACCCAGAGGGGCAGAGCAUGGCAAAGUAGAGGCACAGAGCAGGAGAAACUUCUUGUCCUGAUGGUCUAUGAAAACCACAUUUCUGACUUUUCUUAUGAAGUGCUCUUCACUGUCAAAUCUGGUUCACACGUGCUCCGGCCUGGGAUCCUGUCUUUGAAAGAGUUCCUGUUUUCCCAUGUUACCCAGCUUCAUGGGAUUGUAUAUUUUAACUUUUCUGCUUUGGGCUUUCCUCUUUGAGAAUUCUGCCUAUUUCUGUCUGUCUGAUUCUCCCUGGUGCAGAAAGACAGUGAAGUUACUGCUGAAGCCCACCCACUCUGCCCUCAAAGUGUACAUGUUACACAAGUAUUUGAAAAGGGAGAUCCCCGUGAUGUGCUUUUCCUGCCCCCAGUCACUCCUCUUGAGUAUGUUGCUGGGGUCUCUGCUGUCUGUGGGCUCCUUCGGGUGUGCCCUGCCCUUGGAGUGUGACUGCUAGGGCCACAUGUGCGCGUGCUCUUGGAAGACUGCCCUGCCUCUCUGGGUGAGCCUCUGCUGCCCCAGUCGCCUAACACUAGCAUAUUUCCAAAUAAUUUUGACUGAAAGCAACAGCUUUUAUGGUGUGGCAUGUUAGAUUCCUUGGGAUAAAUGUGACCCUCGGUGCUGGACAAAGGUGAGUGGGUAGAGGAAGCUGUCAGAAUAAUGCAUUAUUUGAUCGUAUGUGCCUAAAUUAAAUGAGGGUAUAGGUUUGCACACUAUGACCAUGCCUGUGAUCUAUAAAUCUUCAAAUAUUAAUGUUUGAGGCUGUGGAACUGUUUCUUUGAGCCCCACACAAGAAAGCAGUCAGCUUGAGGGAGCCAAAUAUGGCAGAGAUGGGGGGAGAGCCUUAAAAGCUGAUCGGCCUCAGAGCUACCGUCUACAAGAUAGAAAGAGGCUGGAGACAGAAGCCCUGGAGCUGGUGGUGAGGAGGGCCAUUGCAACAGUUUCCUCCUGGUGGGCUGGGCGGAAAGUUUGCUCUUUUCAUACUAGACUCAGGAGCCCUAAAAAAUAGAGGUUGAAACUUGAGAGGACUACAAAUGGAUACUUUGUACUGCUGUAGCUGUCUCUGAUAGCUAGAGCCAAAGACUAUCAUUUUUGGGAGGAUUGGGUAAGAAGGCUGGGGAUGAGGGGAAAUUGGAAAUCCUGAAGAGGAGGAAAAAUGGAAGGUAGGUUGAAACAACUUGGGCGUUCUCUGAUCGCUGAUAACUUGUUAGGCAGCACCCGAGGUACAUUGUUCUGGCUGUUCCCUCACAGUGGUUCUUCACACUGCUCUUAUUCUGUUUCUGCAGUAUCUUAACCUGUGGGUAACUAUUUUUCUGGAGCUCAUUGACUUUUUCAUCCUGUUGCAGGUCCCUUAUCUAAAAUGUGUCCAAAUCAAUUAUAUUUUGCUGCUUUCCUUUAAUUCUCAAAAAGCCAGAGCUUCCAAAUGUUCUGUCAGCAUACACUCUCACCAGGAGAUGAACCCAAACAGGUAGAAAGAACUUCCUUUAACAAUGUUUGUAACCAGUGGUAUUUUUUUUAAGGUCACCAAUGUAAGCAUUUUUAAAGGUUAUAUUUUUUGAAGUCAUAACAUUGAUUGCUCUUGUUUUCUCUCAUAGAAUAGAUUGUCAUGGGAUGAACAAUGGUUCCUUCUGUUUUUCCAAAUAAAUAAGUAGAACGUGUUCUUGAGAUUAUACUAUUAAAUGUUAAUUUUCUUAAAAAGUAAAAA